AUGAAGGUUUUUAUUCCAUUUCUGGCCAUUAUCGUGGUCACCCUGGCACAGUACCGGUGGACCAUAUUCGAGCAGGAACACGUGAAUCUCUGUGCCGAUAGUGGACCGUGCGGUGGUGGGCGUCCGCAUACAAUGUGCCUCGAGCCCAAUGUAACGCACGCUCGAUGUCAAAAGUUCCAACCAAUGGUGCUGAGUGAGGUCAACAUCAAGAGUUUCAUGAUGGGCCAUAACGGAUUGCGGAAUAAGGUGGCAACGAAUGCGCGAUUUCCGGCCGUUGAUAUGCAAUUCUUGCACUGGGAUUCCUUUCUACAGGCCAUGGCCGAACGGUGGGUACGUCAGUGUCUCCUGAGCUACGACGAAUGUGACUCAAUCGGUAAUCCUCCUCAUUCGGUCGGUCAAAACAUAUUCUUCCAUCCGAAACCACCGCUCAAACACUGGGAAGCCCUUGUACUGAGCACUUGGUUCAACGAGAAGCAGAACCUGCACCCAACCCUUGCCAACGGUGAGCUGCGCAGUGAACGCUUCACGAACUACACCCAGCUGAUCUGGGCGAAGAGUGAAUUUGUGGGCUGUGGUGCGGCGCAAAUGUACGGUGGUCAUCUGGUUGUUUGCUAUUACCAUCCGAAGGGGAACAUCCCUGGUCAACCGGUUUACCGGGUGGGCCACCGACCGUGCACUGGCUGUCCGCAGGAACGUUCCUCCUGCUCGCACGUUUUCCGUGGCCUGUGUGGCAUCGAUGAUAGACACUCCGCCAGUACGCGGCCAUCAACCGGCGCUUGGUCGCCGCUGGUGACGCUACUGAUAGCGACCGCGUCACGAUAUGCCAACGCUGCCACAACAUAUUAA